AUGCCCCCAAAGAAGGAAGAGACGACGGAAAGGUUGGGAGCUUGGGCUCUCGGUCGCUUCUCCAACAGGCUCAAGGUUGGGAUCGUCGGGCUGCCUAACGUGGGCAAGUCGACGCUCUACAACACCCUCACCAAAUGUGCCAUCCCCGCCGAGAACUUUCCUUUCUGCACCAUCGACCCCAACGAGACUCGCGUCAACGUGCCGGAUGAAAGAUUUGACUGGUUGGUGAAGACCUACACCCCCCAAGCUCCUGACUCUCACUGUAAGAGCAUCGUCCACCCUUGGCUUGAAAUCUGCGACAUUGCCGGGCUCGUCAAGGGAGCCGCGCAGGGGGCAGGGCUCGGCAACGCUUUCCUCUCGCACAUCCGAGCUGUCGACGGCAUCAUGCACGUGCUGCGCGCCUUCGAAGAUCCAGAUAUUGUGCACGUUGAGGACAAAGUUGAUCCGAUCCGCGAUAUUGAGAUCAUCACUGCAGAGCUGCGUGAGAAGGACAAGGCCAAGGCGAACUCCAACGCGGCGACCAAGAAGGAGUGGCAGGCAGAAGUUGACACGGCAAACAAAGUGCUGCAGUGGCUCGCUGAAGGGAAGGAAGUCCGACUCGGUGUGGGAGUAGGCGACGCAGACUACUGGACCACCAAGGACAUUCAAUUUCUCAAUGACUGGAUGCUCCUCACUGCCAAGCCGGCUCUUUUCUUGGUGAACUUAAGUGAGGAGGACUACAAGAGGAAGAAGAACAAGUUCCUCAAGCCGAUCCACGAUUGGGUACAGUCGCACGGAGGAGGGACUAUCAUCCCCUACUCUGACUCGAAGGAGAAUGAAGUUCCAUCCGCCCUUCCCAAGAUCAUCAAGACAGCCUUCGCCAUGUGCCAUCUCAUCUACUACGAUGAGCGUGGAUCAGAUUGUGCUGGCCCUGAAGAAUUCAAACGUUGGGAGUUCGACGCUGGGGAGUACAUCACUCAUCGUGGCGAUACUGAAGCCAGCAUAUUCUUUAUCGUAUCAGGAUCAGUCGCAUGCAUGUAA